AUGACAAGUAAAUACACACUGAGUGAUAGUGAGAGUAGUGUUACAUUCAGUAACAGUGGUUCUACUCCAAGUGGAAGUUUUGGAUCAGAAACUGAUGAUGAACAUCAUGAAGAUUUGGCUAAGGUCCCUUUGCAGGCGCCGCCGAGACGGAAAAGUAAAAUUGCAGUUAUGAACCAAAAACUCGAUGCUGGAGUUGAUAUUGCGGAUAUACAGACUCCAAAUUCUACGAUCACCAGUGUCAACAGCAUCAGUAGCUUGCUUAAGGAAAAACUUCAGUUGUCUAUACCUCAGGCGCUACGCAGUAAUAAAAAAAGACAGAAUGAUGAUUACAGAUUAAGAGCAUUCGUAGGAUUUUUAUUUCUAUGCGUGAUAUUCUUGGUGGGCUUUGCACAUAUAUACUACACGCAAAAUGUUCUUCAACGAGCUUACUUUGAAAAAUUCAGGUUCAACAAAAACCAGCGAGUUCUGCACGUGUACAGCAGCACAGGCGCCGAAACAGUCUCCGGAAAAUUAGGCAACGGAAUUCCAGAAGACACUGGAGUGUUCCCAUGUCUCCCCAACGACCAAAAGUCCGACUCAGUUUGCUUAGAAUGGCUGCACUACUCCAGAUUGUACUUAUCCCACAGCAAGCGGGAGUCUAUGCACUGCUACCACCUGACCUGGCAGAGUUUGAACCCUCAGUUCAACCCUACAGACUGUUUUGACUGGUCGCUGCGCCGCGGCCAUUGGUACGGCGGCGGCCAGAUCCAGAACAUGGCUUAUCCACUUGAUUCAGGAAAGCUCGAGCUUUCUGCCUUCGUCACCGGGGACAUCAGAAGGAACCCGUUUGGAAACGUGCUUAAAAGGUACUUCUUGAACUCAAAAGGCGCGACGAUAAUCGUCGACCCGGAAUCGCCGCUUUACAUUUCAAUUAAUGCGAACCGGACCAAAGAAUUCUGCCUCCAGGCAAAGCACGACGCGUUUGCUUACAUUAACCAUCUUACCCCGCUGCCGCAGCUUAAUUAUACUAUUUGCGCGGCGGAUAAUAUCAAGAACCUUCACUCUUUAAUGGCUGAAAAGUCGCUCUGGGACGGACUCAAGCCAGAAGAGCUCCAGGCUGUUGAUGUCUUGCUCUCCGAACCGAUCUGGCAAAUUUCCCCGACUAACGAAGCCGCAAUUUAUAAUUACACUGAGGAUGUUAUCGCUCUUGGGUUUUUAAGGCAGGGCCAUGUUCUGCUGAGUGAAGAGUGGCAGAAAAGUCCGGGGGAUUUUGUGCUGGAUGAAGAUCGAUUUCCCUCCAUGGAGGAGACUAUCAAUAUCAUCCGGCGUCGUGGGUUCCAGGUAGUCUUCUCAAUUCAACCCUUCAUCUCAACAGAGUCUGUAAACUUCAAAGACGCGAUAGAAAACCGGCUCCUAAUAUCAGAACGCGGAAGCGACCCGCGAAUUCCAGCAUUAACGAGGUACCACAAGAGCAACAGCGCAGGAGUGCUGGACAUAACCAACAACAAGACGCUUCCCUGGUUACUAAAGAAACUAGAGGACCUGAAGACCAAGUACCACAUCCAUUCUUUCUACCUGGACCUAGGAACAGCGCACGACAUGCCUCACUACUACAAAUGCGACCAACCCUUAACAAACCCGGACCACUACAAAACGCUCUUUACAAAAGCGAUUGUAAGCUCAAUUCCAGUCCUGGGAGUCUCUGGAGCGAUUUCGCGGCCUAAAGCUCCAGUAUUUGUGAGUCUUCCACCCUUUCCGUCCAGCUGGAAGGCAAUUAAGACAGUAAUUCCCACAAUCUUAAGCUACGGGAUGAUCGGGUUCCCUUUUAUCAUGCCCGGAGCAGUCGGAGGAGAUGUAGCGCUCCCUAUGUCCGACAACAACCCGAAUAACGACAACGAAGUGAACCUUCCUGAUAAAGAAUUGUAUGUAAGGUGGCUCCAACUGUCCACUUUUCUUCCUGUGAUUAGAUUUACCCACUUACCUAGCAAGUAUGAUGAUGAGAGUGUCCUGGAGAUGGCCAAGUCCUUGACCACGCUCAGGCAGAAGACGGUGACCCCGUUGUUGAAGAAAUACGCCAAUGAAACUCUCAGUUCUGGGUUGCCCAUCAUCAGACCGCUCUGGAUGCUUGAUCCCAUGGACUCUGCUUGCCAUGUUGUCGUUGAUGAGUUCUCUGUGGGGGAAGAGCUUAUUGUAGCACCGAUUUUGUACUCUGGGAGCAGGCAGAGGGAAGUUUAUCUUCCUUCUGGGGUCUGGAGGGACGGCAUUGAUGGUAGCUUGAGGAAAGGAUCCAGGUGGAUCCAUAAUUAUCGCGUUGCUGAAGAUAAAAUUGCGUACUUUAAGCAAAUUAUUGAUCUAAACUUACCACGCCCGCGAUUGCAUCCCCUGCGGCAUGAACCCCCUAGUCCAGACAUUGCGCAUCAACCCCCUCUCAGCUCGCUCCAAGUUCUCAGUGUCAGAGCCGAGGUUUUAGAGAUUCACAAUGCCAAUAACGUUAUGGUAUUUCCAGCUGCCUUCAUGCACGUCAGAGAGAAUAUCCAGGAACUCGGGAAAGUCGCCGAAGACACGGAUUUGUUGUUUCUUAAAGGAUUGUUGGAUAGUCCUAUUGUUAAUUCACUUGUUAGGUUACAAGAAAGACUAGAAGAACCUCCAAAGCGAAUCGAGCCUAUUUGUCCGAACAUAAGUGAAGAAGCUGAAGAAAUAUCUUACAUUUUUGAAACUUCUUUGGACUACGAAGCGCGAGAAUUGUCGCGUAUUUUGAAGAAACCUCACGUGAAAGCUCUUUUGGAGACGCAUGACAAAGUUGUAAUUGCUCGAAAAACUCCAGUUGUACCUGUUUCUUCAGAGAUUAUAAAAAUGCCGAGCUACGAUAGAGGAAAUCUAAUAAUCGCCCGAAUUUUGGGAGGCAGUACAGUAUCAAGACAAGGAUUACUUAAUCCUGGCGAUGUUAUCAUGGAGGUCAACAAUAGACCAGUGCACUCUGCUGAUGAGUUACAGCAAGCUAUCCAGGCUGCUAAGGAAAAUUUAUCCUUAAAAGUGCAUCCUGGAAUUUCAAGCGACGUUAAUAACAAGCCUAUGAAGUCAACUUGCUACAUGCGAGCACUUUUCGACUACGACCCAUCAGAAGACACUCUGCUACCCUGUCGUGAAAUAGGACUUCCAUUUUCGCGCGGCGACAUUUUGCAAAUAGUGGACCAGGCUGACCCGAACUGGUGGCAAGCUCGCCGGGUAGAAGGUGAAGGCCUCGGCAAUCCAGGACUGAUUCCCUCCUUGGAGCUCGAGGAACGCCGCAAAGCCUUCGUUCCUCCAGAAGCGGACUUUGUCCACAAGAUCGGGAUCUGCGGCACCAGAGUUUCUCGCAAGAAGAAGCGCAAAAUGUACGAGUCCAAGUCCAAUGGCGAGUUUGACAGUGCUGAGCUUUUGCUUUAUGAAGAGGUCGCCAGGAUGCCUCCUUUCCGCCGCAAGACUCUGGCACUUGUUGGGCCUAGAGGUGUCGGCAGAAGGACUCUUAAAAAUAGGUUGAUUAACAGCGAUCCUGAGAAAUUUGGGACUAUUGUUCCUUAUACUUCUCGACCUCCGAGAGUCUUGGAAGAAAACGGCAAGAGCUACUGGUUCACGGACCGCGACUCAAUGGAAAACGACAUCAAGCAGCACCGCUACCUAGAGUUUGGCGAGUACGGUAGCCAUCUUUACGGCACAAAGCUGGAUUCUGUGCGUGAGUUGAUCCGUGCUGGAAAAAUGUGUGUGCUAGAUUGCAGUCCAGGUGCUCUAAAAACUCUCCACAACAGCACGGAGUUCAUGCCCUACGUUAUUUUCAUCGCUGCUCCAGGAAUGGAGCAGCUGAAGACACUCUACGACCAUGGAAGAUCCACAGGUGCUAGCAGUCGGAAUUUGACCGAAGAUGACCUUAGAUCGACGCUAGAGGAAUCAGCGGCCUUACAACGAGCCUAUGAAAAGUACAUCGACCUCGUAAUUGUAAACGAAGAUUUCGACAAUACUUUCCGACAGGUGGUCGCUGCUCUUGACGCACUGGCUACUGAGCAUCAAUGGGUACCUGUCAAUUGGAUUUAUUAA